GGGGCAGCAUGUCCGUGCCCACCCGGGGGUCUUCCUCCGUAUCCUGGGCCCUCACGACCCUCCCUGUCUUCUUGCGCCCAGGAAGGCUCCUGGGCCGAUUCCCUGCAGGAAAGGAGAUGGAGAUGAAGCGGCUCAGCCUCUCCCUGGUGGCGGUCCUCUUCCUCAUCCUGGCCCUGCAGAUCUUGUCGGCCGUCGAUUUCGACCCCUACCGGAUCCUGGGCGUCAGCAGGACGGCGAGCCAGGCGGACAUUAAAAAAGCCUACAAGAAACUCGCCCGGGAGUGGCAUCCGGACAAGAAUAAAGAUCCGGGAGCGGAAGAUAAGUUUAUACAAAUCAGCAAAGCCUACGAGAUCCUGUCCAACGAGGAGAAGCGAUGGAACUUUGACCGCUACGGCGACGUGGGCGAGAACCAGGGCUUCCCUCACCAGCAGCAGCAGCAGCAGCAGCACCGCCAGUUCCACCCCUUCCACGAAAGCUUUUAUUUCGACGAAUCCUUCUUCCAUUUCCCCUUCAACUCGGACCGCCGUGACUCCAUCGACGAGAAAUACCUGCUGCACUUUUCGCAUUACGUCAACGAGAUUGUGCCGGACAGCUUCAGGAAGCCUUACCUGAUCAAGAUCACCUCGGACUGGUGCUUCAGCUGCAUCCACAUCGAGCCGGUGUGGAAGGAGGUGGUGCAGGAGCUCGAAGGGAUGGGCGUGGGGAUCGGCGUCAUCCACGCAGGCUACGAGAGGCGCCUGGCCCAGCACCUGGGCGCGCACAGCACCCCGUCCAUCCUUGGGCUGAUCAACGGGAAGGUCACCUUCUUCCACAAUGCGGUGGUCCGAGAGAACCUCCGGCACUUUGUGGAGAACCUUCUCCCAGGGGGUCUGGUGGAGAAGAUCACAGACAAAAACUACGUCCGGUUCCUGUCGAACUGGAAGAAAGAGAAUAAGCCUCACGUCCUUCUCUUUGACCACCUGCCCCUCGUCCCGUUACUGUACAAGCUCACCGCAUUUGCGUACAGAGAUUACUUGUCCUUUGGAUACGUGUAUGUUGGGCUCCGGGGCACCGAAGAACUUUCUAGCCAAUACAAUAUUAACGUCUACACGCCCACCAUGAUGGUCUUCAAGGAACAUAUCGAGAAGCCAGCUGACGUCAUCCAGGCCCGCAACAUGAAAAAGCAGCUGAUCGACGACUUCCUGUCCCAGAACAAGUUCCUCAUGGCCUCUCGGCUCACCAGUCAGAAACUCUUCCAAGAGCUGUGUCCUGCGAAGAAGACUCACCGUCAGCACAAGUACUGUGUGGUCUUGAUCACUGCCGAGGGGGAGAAGUACGCGGAGGGCUACAAAGCCUUCCUGGCCUUUGCCGUGGCCAACACCAAGGAGACCCUGAGGUUUGCUCACAUCUACGGCGACUACCAGCAGGAGUUCGCCCGCACGCUGCUGCGGGGCAACAUCUGGUUUCAGGCAAAGUCAGCUGUGGUCAUCCUCGAGAGACGCAACAACGCUGGGCGGGUCGUGUACAAGGCCCUGGAAGAUCCCUGGAGGGGCACUGAGGAGGACAGCUUCACCCUCCUGGACUUCCUGGAUCAGCUGAGGAUGGACGCAGCCUUUCUCUCCUCGGACGCCGUCCUGCCGGACCUGGCUGAUGAGCUGGCUCCUGUUUUCUUUCUCCGAUGGGUCUAUUCCGCCGCGGACUAUGCCGCGGACUGCUGGGACAGCCUCUUUCGCAGCAACUGGCGGGAAAUGAUGCCCUUGCUUUCCCUGAUCUUUUCGGCACUGUUCAUCCUGUUCGGGACAGUGAUAGUGCAAGCUUUCAGCGAUUCGAGCGACGAAAGAGAUUUGCCUCCCGCCAAGAAGGAUGACCCUCCCCCCAAGAGCGAGAAGAACGACAUGAACUUCACCAAAGAAGACAGGAUUCCCAAAAAGUACUCCGUGAAAGUGACGGAGCUCACAGACAUCACCUACACGAGCAACCUGGUGCGCCUGCGGCCUGGCCACAUGAACGUGGUCCUCAUCCUCUCCAACUCCAGCAAAACUCCUCUGCUGCAGAAGUUCGCUCAGGAGGUCUUCACCUUUACGGGGAGCAGCUGCCUCCAUUUCUCCUUCCUGAGCCUGGACAAGCACCGGGAGUGGCUGGAGGACGUGCUGGAGUUUGCGCAGGACGCAGCCCCGAUCCCCAACCAGUACGACCAGCACUUCCUGGAGCGUGACUACACCGGCUACGUCCUGGCCCUCAACGGCCACAAGCGGUACUUCUGCCUCUUCGUGCCCCACCCGUCGGAGGAGGGCGAUAGCCGCCCGGGCCCCUGCGAGGAGGCCGACCCGGGGGACGUGUGGGGCAGGCCCUCGUCCGCUUGCCGAUCCGUGAAAAGCAAGCUGCACCGGCUGUCCUUGUGGAUGGAGCGGCUGCUGGAAGGGUCGCUGCAGAGAUUUUAUAUCCCCUCCUGGCCGGCGCUAGACUGAACCCAAAUAAAAAUUGUCCGAGAAGGGUUGGGAAGUGACUGGAUUACUGCAGCCGUGGAACGAGGACACCGUGGAGCAGCUUGUGUGUGGAAGGUUUCCACGGUGUCGGAUAGACCGUAGCUUUUAGACGACUUCUCCUAGGCCCGGUGAGUUAGAAGCCGCGUCUUUGCCCUAGGAGCCGCCGGAGAAAGGCGCUGAGAGACCCUCGGGUACCAAAUAGUCCGGACGUCGGGGAGAGCGGACAGGGCACGGUUUCUCCUCCUCCUCCUCCUCCUCCUCCUCCUCCUCCCCCUGCCCCCUUCUCCUUCCCCAGCCUUCGAAAUGUCGAGAGAUGCUGCUGCUGCUGCUGCUGCUGCCAUCAGAACUCUUUGCCUAUGGAUUUUUACAGCUGCUGUUCCUUCAGAGAUGGGUUUUGAUGUUCCCCAGACCGUCCACGGGCGGCUCAGCUCGUUCAGGCCCCCCUGCAUGCGACGGGGCCUGUCUCCUGAGCCAGUCCUGGCUGGCCGUGUCUUCCCCGGUGGCAAGGGACUCAGGGCGUGUGGGAGGGAAUCUCCUCGGCUACUGACCGGUUAACGGGACAGGCAGUCCAGCGGGGGGGGAUGGGGGUGCUUGGCACCCCUGCAGGCCCCCCAGGCCUGUGAAGCUGCCCGCUAAGAGUGAUCCUGGCUGGGCCCUAGGACAGAUCCACGAGCCAUGUCUUUCCGAUGCCUCCCCGCGUCUUCUCUGUGGCUUUCUGUUUAAAGACGGCUAGUCUAGCGCCAUAACCGAGCUACCGCAUCCCUAGAUCGCAAGUGCAAAACCACCAGGCGCCCAAAAGCAGACCCUCUCGUUGCUCCUCUCGUGAGCAGUGCCCCCUCCGCCCUCCACGGGAAGAGGCCAUCUGGGGGCGGCCAUGAAAGUUCCUCGGCGUCCAGGAUCUUGAAUCUCCUUCAGGCCGAACAAGGACGGAACUGCUCAGC